CGCGAUAUUGACGCGGCGAUUGGCAGAAGACAUUCCUGUAUUUCAUCGCCGAUUGAUUUAGUUCCGAUGUGAUUAUAGAAAUUUACAAUGACAACAAUGCUGAAUCAGAAGUGAGUUUGUAACCUGCAAACCAAGAACAAGGUUCACCAUGCCUGCUGAGGACGUCCGGAAGGAGCAUGUGUUGUCCUCUUGUGGGUCACUCCUAGGCCUCCCAGCCAACGACAGCGCAAUCACCAGCCUCUAUUCGGCCAGGGAGCUCAACACCUUUCUGGAUGAUGGCAACUGUUCAGUGCUCUCGGCAAAGCUCAACAGCUCGGGAGGAAACAAGAAAGUCUACUUGGCAAAUAAGGUUGAUCCCAGUGAUACAGGAGAGAAGGUGAUUGCUUUCUUCAAGCUACGUCCAGAUGUCAUCUCAGCCGAUAAUGUCCAGUCAAGCAUUCUGACCGUGUCUAUGAUGGACUCUCCUGUUGGGGCACUCUUUCAUGCAGUAGACAAGGUGUUUGCCCCAUUGCUUAUUGAGGAUGAGAAGUACAACCGUACCUUCAACCCCAAGCUCCAGAGCCUUCUCAGUGAGCUUAGGGCUGGACUCAAGAGCCUGGUCAGGAAGCAGGAUCCAUCGCAGGGAGGACAGGUCAAGCGAGGGGACGAUGACUUUGCUGGUAUCCUGACCCCUUCGGAUGAAUUCCAGCACUGGUCAGAGGUUGCCAUGUCGGGUCGCAACCAGGACGCCAAGGAGCGGGCGGAGCAUUUCCUGUCCUUCUUUGAGAUCAUCUCCAGGGAGUUUGAUGUCCUGGACACCCUGUCGCUGGAGGAGGGCAAGGAGCUGGUCGAGACCACCCAGGAUGCUGUGGAUGAUGUCUGGAAGCAGGGCGAGUUCGACCCCUAUCCUGAAAAGAGAAUGGCCCACUUGCUGGAGGUCAUAGGAAGUGCAUUCGGACGCUUCAUCCAACGCAAACUUGGAGCAUUUGACCUCUGGCUUGACCCCUUCCACAAAGUCAAGCAGGCCUUGCUGAGUGGCAUCGCCAUCUGUGACAAGUGGAUCUCCAGCUGUGAGAAACUCACCGAACAGUUCUGGAAAAGGGACCCCAUGCACCCCUGGAAUGGGGCCAAGUUCACCCCGGAUGGUCUCUCUCAACUCUCCAAGAGACUUCAAGAAAUUUCAACGUUGAGGACGAUUCAUGAACAGCUGGUCCGUCUGCUGUCAAAGGGAGAACAAGAAGAAGUGCGGCUCAAGGAUGUCUUCUCAGUUUUCUCUGGCCUGAAUCCACUGCAGUACAACCCCUACACAGAACCACAGUGGAGGGCUGCUGUCUCCCAGUACGAAAGGGCAAUCAAUCCAGCUGAGAGGAGGAUUGCCAUCAAGCUCCGGACUCAGUUCAGAAACGUGGAAGGCAACCCCAACCAGCUGCUUAGGGAGUUCCAGAAGUUCAAGGAACUGGUCGGCAGAGAGAGUGUCCGCAAGGAGGUGGUGUCAGAGAGAGAGACCCUUCUAGGUCAACUCCAGGUCUAUCUCAAGAGCAUCCGGGAUGACUUCAACGUGAGGACCAGCGAGAGCAGUCCUCCAACGGGAAAGAACCUCCCAGAGGUUGUCAACAACAUCGUGUGGGUCAGGCAAAUUGAAGCCAAGGUGGAACAGACCUCCCAGGUUGCAGACACCCUGCUGAAUGACCUGUCUGGGUUUGGACGCUUCAGACGAGAGGCUGGGGACCUCCUGGAUGAGCUGAGGAACUGGAGGCAAGACCAGUUUGAUUCCUGGUCCAGUGAGAUGCAGGCUGCCAUCGGUGACCACAAUAAACCCUUGAGCUUGCAGAUGACUGGAAGGCUCAUGGAGUUUGAGACCAAGAACAACGAGCUGAUCGUCUCCUACAGCGAGCGACUGGUCACCCUCAUGAGGGAAGUGAGACAGCUGCAGGCCCUAGGCUACCCUGUAGCUGCCAAGAUUCAACACACUGCGGCUAUUGCUCAGAAGUUCUACAAGCAUGGUGUGAUUCUCAAACAGGUUGCACACUUCCACAACAGCAUCGCAGAGCAGAUGAUCCCCAGCCAGCGCAACAUGAUGCUGCAGUCGGCUCUGGCCUUUGAGCGCAUCAUCAAGAACCCUCGGACAGGGUCAAAGGACGCAGGUCAGGGCAAGGUCCAGGUCACCUGGGAGAACCCCAAGGAGCUGGAGGAGUACAUCACCAAGCUGCAGGCGGCCGCCGAGAAGCUUACCACAGAAAACAGGCGGCUCAGGAAGUGGCAUUACUCAGUCUCAGAUAAGGUGGUUUCUCUGAUGUCUAUUGAUCUAUUACGCCAGCAGCCUCGCUGGAAGGAAGGACUUCAAGAAAUCAGAGGCAUUAUGGCCUCUCUAGAAUCACAGGGUUACAAAGCUCAAGACAUGAAGUCCUGGAAGAUGCAUUGGGAUAGACAGCUGUACAAGGCCCUGGAGCAUCAGUAUCAGAUGGGAUUGGAAGCUCUCAAUGAGAACCUGCCCGAGAUCAAAGUAGAGCUCACUUUCAGACAACAGACCCUCCAGUUCCGGCCACCCAUCGAGGAGAUCCGAGCCAAGUACUACCGUGAGAUGAAAAAAUUCAUCAGUCUCCCGUAUCACUUCAGGGGCAUCGGAGACACUGGCGAGCCCCUCAUCUACCCUGCCAUCAUAGAGAGGAAUGCUUCAGGUUUCCUCAACGUCUACAAGAUGGCCGAGGUGCUCUUCAGCAAGCUGGAGAAGGCUAAAGACAUAUUCAAGAACUGGGUGGUGCUAGGAUCCGUUGAUCUAGACAAGCUUCUUGAGACCCACCUUCACACCGUGGCUGACUGGGAGAGGAACUUCAAGGCUCUCAAGGCAAGAGGCAGGGACUCAGAGAAACUGCCAAGUCAAGUCAAGGUGUUCUGCGUGACGGUAUCCACCGCCCCGGUGAAAGGAACCAUCGAUGACCACAUACAGAGGCUCUUCGAUGCCCUCCUCUCGUCGCUACGGCGAUCCAUCACCGAGAGCGUGUCGGAGAUUGACAAGUUCCUGAAGGAUGGGAUGGAGUCUCUGUCCACCAUGCCGCAGACGGUGGAGGAAAUUGGCAAUGCCAACGCCAAGCAUGCUGAACUGGAGGCUAAGAAACCAGAGAUGCGUCCCAUGUUUGACAGGGCUGAAGCCAAGAACAAGCUGCUCCGCACUGUGGCAGGAGGCGGGGUCGAUCAGUUCACACAGCUUCACGCUCACUGGGAGAAGUUUGAGCUCAUGAUGGAGAGUCAUCAACUUAUGAUUAAGGAACAGGUCAAUGUAAUGAAGAGCAACGUGGAAUCUCGAGUGGAUAAGUUCCGCUCUGAGCUGGAGAAGUUUUCCGCUCGUUGGAAUCAUGCCAAGCCGACGCCCGACGUCAUAGAGGCUGGAGACAAGGAGGCGUGUCUCAAAGCCGUUGAGCUGGUCAAGGAGAAGAAAGUGGAGUUUGAUGAGGUGCAGAAGACCAAGAACAGCCUGAUAUUUGACUGCAAGCACUUUGACCUUGAGGAGCCGUUCUUCUCUAUUGCCAAUGACCUUGAGGUUGACUUUGACCAGCAGAGUACCAUGUGGACACUGUAUGAAGAGUUCAGCACUAGCCUAUCCGUUCUGGAGACCGAGGAUUGGAUCGUCUUCAGAUCCAAGACAUACCAGUUUGAUGAUUUCCUGGCCACCUGGACGGAGAAGCUGAAGUCUGGCGGCCCAGAUGUGGAGCAUACCAUCAUGACUGUGAGAAUCAGCAAAGACAUUGACAAGUUCAAGACUGUGUCUCCAUUGCUGAAGUACCUGAGUAGUGAUAUCUUCACCCAAGAGCACUGGAUGGAUCUCUAUCGCAUGCUCAAGAUGCCUCGCUCCAAGACCGUUGAGCGUAUGACCUUCGGGGAUAUCCUCGGGACAGCAGAUCAGAUCGUUGCCAACUCAGAUGGACUCAAGGAUCUGUUCAACAGGGCCAAGGGUGAGGUGUCAAUACGUGAAGCGCUGCGGGAGCUGGAUGUGUGGGGUGUUGGUGCAUGCUUCUCACUCACAGAGUAUUUAGACAGCAAGAACAAUCAAAUCAUGUUGAUCAAGGAUUGGAAGGACCUUGUCACACAGGUUGGUGAUAACCAAAGUCUAUUGCAAUCCCUGAAGGAUUCCCCCUACUACAAGGGCUUUGCGGACAAGGCCACCAUCUGGGAGCAGCGACUGGCCGACCUUGACGAGUACCUGCAGAACCUGAACCAGAUCCAACGCAAGUGGGUCUACCUGGAGCCUAUCUUUGGCAGGGGAGCCCUCCCCAAGGAGCAGGGCCGCUUCAGGAGGGUAGACGAUGAUUUCAGGAGUAUCAUGAUGGAUGUAGCCAGAGACAACCGUGUUCUCUCUCUGGUUGGUCGAUCUGGUCUACGCAACACCCUGGCUACUCUCCUGGAUCAGCUGCAGAGGUGCCAGAAGGCACUCAAUGAAUUCCUAGAGGAGAAGAGAUCAAUCCUGCCUCGUUUCUACUUCAUCGGUGACGACGAUCUCCUGGAGAUCCUGGGCCAGUCCCAGAACCCUGCCGUCAUCCAGUCCCAUCUUAAGAAGCUCUUUGCUGGUAUCCACAGCGUGGACUUUGACGAGGGGUGCAAGCAUAUCACCGCCAUGAAGUCCCUGGAGGGUGAGGUUGUACCCCUCCUGAAGGCAGUGGAGAUCACACCAGAGGUUGAGAUUUGGCUUGGAGAACUGUCUAAAGAGAUGAAGUCCACACUGCGUAAACUGCUUGUUGACUGUCUCAAAGACCAGCAGUCCUCCAGCUCCGGGGUGGGCGUCGACCCUACCAAGUACCCUUCACAGAUCUUGGGUCUGGCAGCUCAGAUCCAGUUCACGGAGCAGUGCGAGACAGCGAUCCAAGACAACAGUCUCCAGGAUCUCCUGAUUGAGCUGGAGCAGCAGCUAGAGGGCUAUACCUCGGCGGAUAUCAGUGGAGCGGAUGGGGAGAGGAAUGCAGCCAUCCAUGUACUGGAGCUUAAACUCAAGGCCCUCAUCCUGGACACCAUCCACAGCAUAGACGUGGUGCAGCUCCUCCAGAAAGAGAACGUGACGAGUCUGGAUAACUGGCUCUGGCAGAAGCAGCUCAGGUACUACCUGGAUAACACCAAGACGGCCAUCAUGAGGAUGGUGGAUGCUGAAUUCCAGUACACCUACGAAUACCAAGGCAAUGCAGCUAAGCUGGUACACACACCCCUGACAGACAAGUGUUACCUCACCCUAACUCAAGGCAUGCAUAUGGGUAUGGGAGGCAACCCCUAUGGACCUGCAGGUACUGGCAAGACAGAGUCUAUCAAGGCCCUUGGGGGAUUGUUCGGCAGACAGGUCCUUGUAUUCAACUGUGAUGAGGGUAUCGAUGUCAAGUCCAUGGGACGUAUCUUUAUUGGUCUGGUGAAGUGUGGUGCUUGGGGUUGCUUUGACGAGUUCAAUCGUCUGGAGGAGGCUGUGCUGUCAGCCGUCUCCAUGCAGAUCCAGACCAUCCAGGCUGCACUCAAACAGAAGAAACCAAAGGUGGACCUCCUAGACAGAACAAUUGACAUCGAUCCCAACUCCGGUAUCUUCAUCACCCUCAACCCUGCUGGCAAGGGAUAUGGAGGAAGACAGAAGCUACCUGACAACCUCAAGCAGCUCUUCAGACCGGUGGCCAUGGCACGACCAGACAACGAGCAGAUCGCCGAGGUCAUCCUCUUCUCUGAGGGCUUCAAGGACGGCAAGAGUCUCGGGCGCAAGCUCGUAGCCAUCUUCAACCUUGCCAAGGAGCUGUUGACACCACAGCAGCACUAUGACUGGGGACUGAGAGCUCUCAAGACCGUACUGAGAGGGUGUGGCAACCUGCUCCAGAUAGCAAGACAACAAGCAGGACAGGACAGGAGUAAGGUGCAGGAACCCAAACUCGUCGUCCAAGCCUUAAGGGUCAACACCCUGUCCAAGCUGACCUUCUCUGAUGGUAUCCGCUUCGACGCUCUGGUCAAGGAUGUUUUCCCCGGUGUGGAGCUGAAGGAUAUCGAGUACCAUAGCCUAGCUGAUGCCAUCCGGCAACACUGCAAGGAACACAACCUGGUUGUCAUGGAAACACAGGUUAAGAAAGCUCUAGAGCUGUACGAGCAGCUACGUCAGAGGAUGGGUGUGGUGGUUGUAGGACCUAGCGGGUCAGGCAAGUCCACCACAUGGCAGAUCCUGAGGGCAGCCCUGAACAACACCGGUCAAGUGGUCAAGCAAUACACCAUGAACCCUAAGGCCAUGCCCAGGACACAGCUGCUUGGUCAUAUUGAUAUGGACACUCGUGAGUGGAGUGAUGGUGUCUUGACAUACAGCGCCAGACAAGUAGUCAGGGAACCACAAGAAAUCCAUUCUUGGAUCAUUUGUGAUGGUGACAUUGACCCUGAAUGGAUCGAGUCUCUCAACUCUGUCCUGGAUGACAAUCGACUCCUCACCAUGCCUUCGGGAGAGAGGAUCCAGUUUGGACCAAACGUCAACUUCCUGUUUGAGACCCAUGACCUGAGCUGCGCCUCGCCGGCUACCAUCUCUCGUAUGGGAAUGAUCUUCAUGAGUGAUGAAGACACAGAGAUCAAGGACCUGGUCCAGUCCUGGCUGAGCCACCAGGCCGAGGAUUCCAGGAACCGCCUCGGGGCCUGGAUCCAGGACCACUUCUACAAGGCCCUGGAGUGGGUCAUGCGACAAGGUGACUUUGUCGUGGACACCAGCCUGGUGGGCGUAGUCAUGAACGGGCUGUCCCACCUCAGAGGGGCGGAGUGUACCUCAGACUUCACCAUCAAGCUCGUAAGGGGUCUUGGGGCCAACCUCCCGGAGGCCACCCGCAUCAACUUUGCUAAGGAGGUAUUCCAAUGGACCCGUGAGCAACCUCCUGAUCCCAGAAGAAUCCUGGACACCUACUUUGAUGAAAGGACGGGAUCUCUAGCCACGUAUGCUAUGCAGGAUAACGAUGAGCUUUCUGCAUCCGACUUCAACAACCCCAGCUCCCUGCCGGUCAUUAGGACACCCGAUGUCCAGCGAUGUCUGGACUUCUUCAAGCCCUGGCUGGAGGCCGAGAACAGACAACCUUUCAUCCUGGUCGGCCCUGAUGGAUGCGGGAAAGGGAUGGUCCUACGGCACUGCUUCGCCGGGCUGCGUUCCACCCAGAUCGCCACCAUCCACUGCAACGCCCAGACCUCUCCGACCCAUCUCCUGCAGAAGCUACAGCAGAUGUGCAUGGUCCUGAGUACCAACACGGGCCGGGUUUACAGGCCCAAGGACUGCGAGAACCUGGUCCUCUACCUCAAGGAUCUCAACCUGCCCAAGCCGGACAAGUGGGGCACCUGUCAGCUCCUGGCCUUCCUUCAACAGGUGUUGACCUACCAUGGUUUCUAUGACAACAAGUUGGAGUGGGUUGGUUUGGAAGGUGUCCAGAUAGUGGCUAGUAUGAACGCAGCACACACCGUGGGAAGGCAUCCUCUUUCUACCAGGUUCACAUCCAUUGUCCGUAUCUGCUCUAUUGGAUAUGCCGACAGAGAGCAGUUGCAGGGCAUCUACAGUGCCUACUUGAGACCAGUCUUACAUCGUACUUUAGGCAACCAUCCUGUAUGGUCAUCAUCAUCUAAAGUCAGUAUGCUUGCUGGAUCCAUGAUCAGUGUCUAUGAACAGGUUCGUUCCAAGUUUACCAUCGACGACCACAGCCACUACCUGUUCACCCCUCGCGACCUCACCCAAUGGGUUCUGGGAUUGCUCCGCUACGACCUCGGUGGUUCCUCGGAGUCCAACAGCGAGCACGUGCUGGAGGUAUUGAGCUACGAGGCCCGCAGGCUGUUCUGCGAUCGGUUGGUUGGAGAGGAGGCCAGGAACCGCUUUGAUAACAUCUUGAACGGAACCCUGCAGGCAGACUGGAACGCAGGACAAGUAAUGCAGAAUCUGAACGGGCAUUACUAUGUAACCUGGGGAGCCAGGACAGAGACCAGUAGCGGUGCAGCUCUACCACCGGCUGGUAAGAGCCUUGGACGACUCUCUGCCUCGGAUCUUAAAGAAGUCAUCAAGAAAGCCAAGAAGACGUUUGCACGUGAGAACCGGGAGCUGGACAUCCAGAUCUUCCACGAGGUCCUUGACCACGUGGCCCGAGUUGACCGUGUGCUGACCCAGCCCCGGGGGUCACUCCUGCUUGCUGGACGCAGCGGUGUGGGUCGCAGGACGGCGGCUGCCCUCGUUGCCCACUGUCACCGGACCGAGCUUGUCACGCCCAAUAUCAACCGUGCCUAUGGGCUCAAGCAGUUCAAGAACGACUUGAAAACAGCGAUGCAGCAGGCUGGUGUCGAAGGCAACCAGGUGGUCCUUCUGCUGGAGGACCACCACUUCAUUCAGCCACAGUUCCUGGAACUGAUCAACAGCCUACUGUCCUCAGGAGAGAUCCCAGGACUCUAUUCCCCAGAGGAGCUGGAACCGCUCCUCUCCCCGAUCAGGGACCAGGCCUCGGACGAAGGCUUCAGAGGAACACUGAUCAGCUAUUAUGCUUCACGUAUCCUGACCAACCUCCAUGUUGUACUGAUCAUGGACAGCAAGAAUGCAUCCUUUGCUGUGAAUUGUCAGAGCAACCCAGCCUUCUACAAGUCUUGCUCUGUUCAGUGGAUGGAAGGCUGGAGCAAGGAGAGUAUGAAGGAGAUCCCAAGACUGCUUCUCCGUACUCCCAAGGGUGAUGGUAAGGACGAAGGAAGCAAGGAAGACAGAAAGCGCCAUCGCAAGGUGUCUGGUGGAGAUGACCUCAUUCGCAACUUUCUUGAGAUCCACAACUCGUCUUCUGUCCGUCACUCCACGCCUCGUCGUUACAUGACGUUCCUCCACACAUACCUCGAUGUCUACCGACGCAAGAAGCAGGGCGUAGAACUAAAACAAAAACAUCUGCAGGCUGGUGUCGCCAAGCUGAAUGAAGCCAAAGCCCUCGUAGCAGAGCUGAACAGCAAAGCAGCCAAGCAGAGCGCCCUCUUGGCUGAGAAACAGAAAGAAGCUGAUGAAGCACUCAAGAAGAUCCAGACCAGUAUGGAGAAAGCCGGUGAGCAGCGUCGUGAGAUAGAGAUCCUCAAGCAGCAAGCCGAUGAGGAGAAUGUGAAGCUUGAGAAGCGUAAGAAGGUCAUUGAUGUAGAGCUGGCUGAGAUCGAACCUCAGGUUCAAGCAUCUAAAGCUGCGGUAGGAAGCAUCAAGUCAGAGAGUCUGAGUGAGAUCCGUGCCAUGCGUGCUCCUCCAGACGUCAUCAGGGACAUCCUAGAGGGUGUGCUUCGUCUCAUGGGAAUCUUCGAUACAUCUUGGGUCAGCAUGAAGAGUUUCUUGGCAAAGAGGGGAAUAAAAGAAGAGAUCACCAAUUUUGAUGCCAGGAAGAUCAACAAGGAUUUGAGGGAAGGCACCGAGCAACUACUCAGGAAACAUGCGGCCUCCUUUGAGCCUCAGAAUGCCAAGCGUGCUAGUGUUGCAGCAGCUCCCCUAGCAGCUUGGGUGAAAGCCAAUGUCAAGUAUUCCUAUGCACUGGAGAAGAUUGAACCGUUGGAGAUGGAACAGAAUCAGCUUAAAAAGAACCUUGAGAAGGCCGUGGGUCGCAUCGAGAAGCUGUCCAAGGGGCUGGCCGACGUGGACCACCGGGUGGACGAGUACAAGCGAAGGUUCCAGAAGCUCAACGAGGAGGCCGCCAAGCUCAAGUACGAGCUGGAGAAGGAGCAGGAGACCAUCGUCUCGGCUGAGAACCUCAUUGGCAAGCUGGAAGGAGAAUAUCAAAGAUGGAACAGCCAGGUAUCUGAACUGAACACCGAGCUGGAGACCCUACCAAAGAAAGCCCAGUGCGCUGCUGGUUUCAUCACCUACCUGACCGCAUCACCGGAGGAUGAACGCAAGCAGAAGCUAGCGGAGUGGAGCAAGCUGUGCGGCCUGGAGCGCUUUGACAUGAGGCGCUUCCUCAGCACCGAGAGCGAGCAGCUGACGUGGAAAGGGGAGGGGUUACCUAGCGACGAACUGUCCGUGGAGAACGCUGUCAUGAUCCUUCAGACCAAUGAUAUGUCCAUAAAGAGUUCUCUGAGGCCAUUCUUGGUUGAUCCGUCUCUGAGGGCAACUGAGUGGCUUAAGACUCACCUCAAAGAAGCAAGGUUAGAGGUCGUCAAUCAACAGGAUGCUAACUUCUCUACAGCCGUGGAGCUGGCAGUCCGAUUUGGAAAGACUCUCAUCAUUCAGGAGAUGGACAAGAUUGAACCGGUCCUUUAUCCUCUACUCAGGGCUGAUCUCAUCAGUCAAGGUCCCAGGUUUGUGGUCCAGAUCGGUGACAAGGUGAUUGACUACCAUGAAGAUUUCCGUCUCUUCAUGACGACCAGGAAUCCUAACCCUGAGAUACCACCGGAUGCAGCAUCCAUCAUCUCAGAGGUUAACUUCACCACCACCAGGGCUGGCCUCACUGGCCAGCUUCUAGCAGCCACCAUUCAACAUGAGAAGCCGGAGCUGGAAGUGAGAAAGACAGAGCUACUCAAACAGGAGGAAGAUCUGAAGAUCCAGCUGGCCCAGCUAGAGGAGAGCUUGUUAGAGACUCUUGCCAAGGCGGAAGGAAACAUCUUGGAAAACAAGGCUCUCUUGACGUCCCUGAACAAGACCAAAGAGAGCAGUCAGACCAUCACACAGUCCCUGGUGGAGUCAGUCCAGCUCCAGGAGUCAUUGGAUCAGGAGAGAGCUGCAUACCUGCCCCUGGCUGAGAAUGGUAGCGCCCUCUUCUUUGUGAUCUCCGACCUGGCCAAGCUCAACAACAUGUAUCGCUUCAGUCUGGGAGCCUUCCUCCGUCUCUUCUCAAAGGCACUGCAAGGCAGGAUGGAUGGUAGCAGCACUGAGAUGAGGAUUCAGAUGCUGAUCAAGAAUCUUCAAAUGCUGGUCUAUGAGUACGUCUGUCAGUCUCUGUUCAAGGCUGAUAGACUUAUGUUUGCUCUGCACCUGGUUCAUGGCAUGCAUCCUAACCAUUUCAAGGAAAAUGAAUGGGAAGCGUUCCUAGGUCAGAUCGUGGCUGAUGUCCGUGAGUCCUCCCAGCAGGGCGGUUCAAUGCCUGCUUGGGUGGAUAAGGAUAGACACAAGGCUCUAGCUUCAUUCAUGGCUACCUUCCCAUCUGUAAGCCAGAGCCUGAGCCUGACAGACAAUGGUCUUUGGACUUCUUUCAACCGUAGCUCUCAGUGUGAGCACGAGUUCCCAACAUCCUUGGAGAAGAAGAUAACUCCAUUUCAACAGCUUCUGCUCAUCCAAGCCAUUCGACCUGACAGGCUGCAAAGUUCAAUGAUCUUCUUUGCUCAGAGAGGUCUAGGAAUGAAGGAACUGACCACGCCCACAAUCAACCUGAAGCGGUUGUAUCAGGACACCGUGCCUAGUGAGCCGAUCCUCAUCAUCAUCUCCCCUGGAGCGGACCCCACCCAAGAAUUGCAGGAGGUCGCAGCGGAGGUCGUUGGAGCAGACCACUACCAUGAGGUUGCUAUGGGCCAGGGUCAAGCUGACAUCGCCAUGCAGCUCCUUCAUGAGAGCUCACGCAACGGAGAGUGGCUCUGUCUUAAGAACCUCCAUCUGGUCACUGCGUGGUUGCCUGUUCUAGAGAAGGAAAUGAAUGCCCUGAGCCCACAUGAGAACUUCAGACUGUGGUUGACUGCUGAGAGUCAUCCCAAGUUUCCCACAAUCCUUCUCCAGUCGAGUCUAAAGAUAACCUAUGAGGCUCCACCAGGGAUCAAGAAGAACCUCCUGCGUAGCUACGACUCCUGGACCCCAGAGUUCAUCGGCAGGGAGAACAACGUCGUCCGGGCGCAGGCCCUAUUCGCUCUGGCCUGGUUCCAUGCCAUCUGUCAGGAGAGAAGGAACUUCAUCCCACAGGGCUGGACCAAGUUCUACGAGUUCUCCAUGUCAGACCUCAGAGCUGGUGCAGACAUCAUUGAUAGGCUGUGCAGUGGGAAAGGCAAGGGAGUCCAGUUUGAGUUCAUCUACGGGCUGUUUGAGAACGCCAUCUAUGGUGGACGCGUGGACAACCCCUUUGACUUGCGCGUACUGAGAUCCUACCUAGCUCAGUACUUCAAUAAGGAGAUGCUCGGAGGGAGCGGUGCUCGUAGAUCUAAGAAGCUGCCUGGAGGGAACAGUAUACCAGUGUCUUCUUACUACAAGGACUUCACCGAGUUGGUGUCCAAGUUCCCAGACGAUGACAAGCCGUCCUUCUUCGGCCUGCCAGCCAACAUUGAGCGUUCCGCACAGAGGACCAUCAGCGGACAGGUCAUCGUCCAACUCAAGAUCCUGCGUCGGUCUGCCGAGGCGGCGGAGAAGUUUGACACGGAGAAGUGGAACACGGAGCUCGGACCCAUCCUGACCCUCUGGAAGAAACUCAACCAGGGAGCUAAUCUGAUCCAGACCAAGGCCCAGCCUCCGAGCGACCGCAGCGGCACCCAGGGUCCCAUCGACUCGUUCAUCGAGCUAGAGAGGUACAACGCCCUUCAGCUGGUCCAGUUUGUCCACUCCACCCUGGCAGCCCUGAGCAAGGUCAUCCGAGGGACAUCUCUGCUGACCAGCGAGGUCCAGGCUCUGGCCAUUAACCUACUCAAGCAAGAGACACCCCUAUCCUGGCAGAACAAAUGGGAGGGUCCAGAGGAUCCUGUGUUAUACCUGAAGACCAUAGUGAGCCGUACCAUGGCCAUACAGGGGUGGGUGGAGAAGGCUCAGAGGAACAACCUCCUCUCAGAUACCCUCAACCUGUCAGAGCUGUUCCACCCUGACACGUUCCUGAAUGCACUGAGGCAACAAACGGCAAGGGAUUCCAAGACCUCAAUGGACAGUCUCAAGUUUGCUUGUCGCUGGUCUGGUAACAUCUCAGGAGCCAAAUACCAAGUCAAGAUUGGAGGCUUACAGCUAGAGGGCUGUACGUUUGAUGGGCAGAGACUAUCAGAGAACCAGAGAGACUCACCCAGUGUCUGCUCUGUACCACCAUGCAGUGUAGCCUGGGUCCUCAAGGACACUCCAAACAACUAUCAUCCAUCGGAGAGCAUCUCACUACCAGUCUACUUUACAGAACAGAGGGAGAAGAUUGUCACCCACCUUGUACUACCGUGUGGAGGAGAGCAGGAUCACUGGAUACAGACUGGUGCUGCUCUCUUCUUACAGAGCCAGUAGGCCUAGCUACUAGCUAGACUAGUGAGGGUGAGAAGGGGAAUUUACCAGUCUUCUUCACAGAACAGAGAAUUUUCACUACCAUGCCUGGAAAGAAUAGAAUCACUGCAUGGGUACAGACUGGUGCUGCUCUCUUCUUACAGAGCCAGUAGCCUAUGAUAUAGUGUUAUAGGCAGGGUAAGAAGGGGGGAGUCACAUGUCUGUGCCAGCUACUGGUAACAGAGAUAUUCCUUUCUUCUUAUCGAGGGUACCCCAGCAUAUAAUAAUCUGGUAAAUGAUCUUUAUAUGUCAAUAUUGUGCACAGUCCCUAUCAUGGCAUUGAGAAUUAUUUUUUUCUUCAAACAAACAAAAACACAGAGAAAGUAAUUUGAUAGUGAUUUCUUUCAAAGUAAGAUUCAGAAACAUAUUUCAAAGGCCUGUUCCACAUAGAAGUUACCAGAUAUAUUCUUAUUUUCACAAAGAUAACAUGAAUAUACAUGUAGUAAUGAUGACUGUUCUCUUGUUUCAUUAAAGAUUAAAUCUUAUAUUCACAUUUAUAGACUACUCCAAACUACAUGUCAAUUGUUGUGGAUCUUAGUGAAUAAUUAUGUACCAUAUUCACACAUGUUGAUGGGAGUAUGAAAUGUUGCCUUAUAAUGUUGUCAAACAUCAUAUCGCUUGUGAUCUAAAUAUUGGACUGGAUAUAUCUGAAUUGUCUUAGUUUGAGAUGAGUCAGUGAAGUUGUAACAUAUUUUGCAGCAUAUCAUACAGGGAAAGUGCUCUUUCUUUAAAAUCAUUGCCAUUUUAUUUCACGCAUAUGAGUUAAUUGCAUAAUAUAGAACCAGUUAAGAUGAUUCUCAAUAAAAAGGGAUAGGGUAAACUCAUGAAUUGUUUUUGAAUCAUUAUCCAAGCAUAUUUUCAAAACAUUUAGCAAUUUAGAAAAUUUGUAGAAUCCAAUUCUUGUGGAAAUUGGUUUUGAGUUUUCUGUUAGCAAACAUUGCACAACAUGGCAAAUGUUUAAAAUUGCCCACAUGCUUGUUUAGUCAACGGAGAGAUAUCAAUAUUGGUUCUCCAAAAACUUUGGAAUGUUUUCUCUGAAUCUGUGUAGUUUUCUUUACUUUCGCUAAAAAUCCGUCCUAGUAUGAUGUCUUUAUUUCAAUUCAUAUUAUAUUACUUGCAUGUGUAUAUUUGUUACAUAUUUCCUAUCAAGUCUAGAAAUGGUUAUUACAAAACAAAUAUUUUCAACAAUAACAAGAGUUGUAGAUAUCAGAUAUAUAUUUUGAGUGAUGUGAAAUUGUUUUAUCCUGUUUUGUAUAGGUAGACUCGAAUGUAUUUAGAAGUCAUUACUGAUUAAAUGCAAGUAGACGAAUCAAAAGUGCAUUUGGUAAACUUUUCUUGUGUAUGCAUUUGUAAAAUAUAAAAUAUAUUUGUGUAAAGUGUCUUAUAAGCUUCAAAUAUUAUAAUUUAUUUCAAAUCAUCUUGUCCUGUAACAUGAAUAAUAAGAAAAGAACCAAAGUGUCAUUUUGUAUUUAAUAUCUUGUUGGAUUAGAUGUGCUGUGUUAAAAAAUAUCUUUAUUUUGAUAGAAUUGUCUUGACAUUCCAUUGCUUCUGUGCAACUAUUUGCAAAGUUAUCAGUUCAUUGUGAUUAUUCAGUUGUAAAGUAUGUUAUAAACUAUCACCUUGAUAACAAUAAUAA